AUGGAUCGACCGGAUGCCAAUCCACAGGUUUCAUCAAGCAAUGUCUCCUCAGCCACCAGCUCUCCGCUUGCCUCGAGGGAGCCUUCUCCUACCAGGUCUUUGAGACAAUCCAUUGCCGCGGCGAGGAAUCCCGCGGGCCCCGGGACGCGCUCGCGCAAGAACAGCCAGAACGAUUCUCGGGCUGCGAUACGUAACAACGGCGUGCCUGCCCAACUGCAGCAGAAGAACCUCUUUGGAGCUACCGCCCCUACCCUGCUGCCGACCUCGGCGCCCGAACCGAAUCCUAGGUCCUCCUUGCCCCAUAAGUCGUCUCCCACCGCUCUCGUUAUCGAGCCGCAGCGUGACUCGCCCCGGUGGCCUGUCUCGCCUCGUCUUAGAUCUCCGCCGCCUAUAUUGAACAAGCCCCCGAUCGUCAAUUUCCAACGGUCUACGCCUCCUUUACCCUCUGAUCAGGGCCAUUCGGACGUUGAGGCUGAUGAGGGCCAUUUACAACCUGGUAUGCGAACACCGGCUCGAGCCGCCAACACUACAACGUCAACACUUGAAACCGUACAGGAGGUGAGCCCGCUUGCAUCGCCAUCAUUAGAAGCAAUCGGCGCUGCUCUGGAGAAUUUGCAAGAGAGCCUUGCCGCAGAGGGGAGCUCUCAGGUCGAUCCUACCGAGUAUUCGGCUAGUCACGCCAGCAAGACCGAAAGUGGAAGCGAAUACGGUACCGUUCGACGGUCGAAUGUGACGUCGGCGCCUCCUCAGCUCAUAAGCCGGCAGUCCAGCACGUCCAACCUCGCGAGGAGCGCAAAGAACAAACCCAGCGAGGGCACAGUCAAGACCAUGACAGUCGAAACCGAGACUGUCACAUCGAUCCCAAGCGUGACGUUGGCUCCAUCAGGAAUUCAGGGAUCCAACGGUAGUCUGCGGACGAAGCCAAGCUCCGAAACCAUCCGUCCUAAGAAAGAAAAGAAGAAGUCGGCUAGGAAACAGCAGGCGGUUCAGAACAGUGCUGGUGAGAUUAUGAGCCCGACAAAUGCUGAUAUUGCCGCGGAUGCGGCAGGUGUGCCCCGGCUGAGGCAUUAUCCAUCGAGCAGAUCCGUCAUGGGAGGGAAUGACAUCUGUGUCUUCUCCCCGACACGGGCUGCAAGCGGUCAAGGCCCGCCUUUUGAUAAUGCCACGAGUCCCCGGCGGUCAUCAGCACCGGCGGGAACUCGAAGCCAUAACCUCGCACCCUUCUAUCGAAUGAAUCAUUUGCUAACUUUGCGGCCACUCCAUUCAGCAUCGUCCAAAGCCGACAACUUCGAAGCUAAGAUUGCCAGUGCCGUGGACGAGGCCGAUACUUCGGACUCGGAGGAGACGUUUGUUUAUGAUUCUAAUCCUCCAGAUGCACGCGACAGGCCGCAUUCGAAUCGAUUCCACUCGCGCACUCCCAGCGCCGCGUCAAUGGUGAGCCAACUUGCCGCCGACCGGAAUGGCAUGCGUUCGAUACACAGCGUCAUGGAUAGUCAUGCUCCUGCAUCUAGCAUGGCUCUUAAGAAGAAGAAGUUCUCCAACUCUUACAGUACCAGCAGCAAUAAUGCCGGGUCGGGCCCGGCGGCUGAUGGCAGUCCGAUGCUACAUGCCAACGAGGACGACGGGCAUGCUCGGGGAGGCUCGUCGAACCAGGGCUCAGCCCGUGGCACGGCGCAUCGCCAACCUCACCAUCACUUUGGUGUGUGGGGUCGCAAUGCCGGAGGUAAUGGCCACACCUAUCUGUUCGAUAACGAAUCUCCUUUUAGUUCUGGCCCCAAGACCAGGCUAUCAGGUGGUAGUGGCGCAGUCGGUUCUGUGCGACCCUCGCCUGGCCCACCGAGCCCUCGUUUUAGCAACUUGUCGCCUCGAAAUGCUGCAGGAAGUGGCAAAAAGAACCAGGGCUAUGGGGCUAUGGGGAUGUACGAUCUCGACGAUACAACUACAACAGGUGCCGACGACGAGCGGGCAUCGCUGUUGCCAACCUCGAUUCGGUCUAGCAGGUCUCGCCGAGGGCCUCGUUCAUAUCAUCAUCACUCUCUUGGUGGAGGUCACCAUCUACCCCAUGUACCCUAUCGCCAGCACCUCCAUGGACACCCACCGUCGUUGCUCAAUAGAAUGGCCAGCUGCCUGGUACUGGCUGUUAUGCUUCUACUGGUUGUUUCCGGGGCUAUUGGCUUCAUGUUUGCCACGUCUCAGCCGCUCACCAAUGUCGAGCUUGUCAAAAUCGCGAACGUCAUUGCUAGUGAACAAGAGCUCAUGUUUGACAUGACCCUCAAGGCACAAAAUCCCAACGUCGUCGUUGUCGUGGUGGAUUCCUCGGACCUGGAAAUAUUUGCCAAAUCACCGCAUGCGGGAACUGAUGCCGACUGGAGGGCCGCUGAAACAAGGUCAAAACUAGCGCGCCCUCGCUCGACAAGACGAAAAGGUAGAGGAAGCGGGGCACUUGAUAAUAUACUGUCUCCUUCGGCCCCGGUAGAGUUUCUCGACGAACCAAACGAAGACCAGCCGGCUGAUGACACGGCUCCCAACAUGCGCUUGGGCACGGUUUUCGAGCUAGACCAGCCGUUCUCCUUCGAGGGGUCUUUCUUCAACAAGGGAGCCUCGAUCUCUACAGGUGGUCUUCGGUUACAGCGACCUGGCAACGGGACCGAAGGUGGCACGGAAAGAUGGGAACGUAUAGUGGAAGACGAAUUCGAUCUCAUUCUCAAGGGUGUCCUCAAGUAUACCCUGCCCCUGAGCCAGCGCGUUCGCACCAUUGCAAUUGCUGGCCGCACCAAAGUCAAACCAAACUCGGCCAAUGAUCCAGGAACGGGGCCGAAGAAGCCUGACUAA